AUGCUGCGUCGGGUGUGGCAGCGAGCAGGUAUGUGGCAGUCACCCGACGCGGUUCUAUUGCGCCGAUUCUGUCAAUGCACAGGACUGUGUGCUGCCGCGUCGACAAGAUCGGUCCUCGCCACGCGCUUCGGCGCUGCGUCCGCGCGCGCGGUCGCCAGUCAAUCAGACGCUGCCGAAAAAACGCUCCGCAGUCCGAACCAAUUGAACGUUUUAUUGUCCAAUCAAACGCCGCCCACGACUUUUGUAGCCACUUGUCGCGCGUUGCGCGUCAUUGACGAGACGGCGCUAUUGGCGACGAUUGACGUCCGGACGUGGAACGUGGCACUGCAGCGACGACUGGAGGCUCAAGACGAACGCGUGGCAGCGGAGCUCUUGGUGAUGGAAAGCACACGAGAGAGGCUCGUUUGUGCUGGGGACGACUUACCGGUGGACGACGCGAUCGACGAAGCUGCAGAGAGGGUUGGCAUCGUGGAUGAAGUGCUGCUAGCUGAUGAAAAUAUAUACGUCAACGUGUUGAAAGCAUGUAUGGAGAUCGAGGAUUUCUCCACGUUUAAAGAUGCGUUCCGCGGGAUGGUAGCUCGAGGUGUGGCUCGUAGUGCUGGAUUCGGGUCAGCGAUUCGUUAUUGUCACAAGCAUUUGGAUCCAGUGUUCCUUGAAGAAGUGUUGGACGGGACCGGACCAAGCCAAGGAGCUGUUCUCGGAAAUGCUGAACAACUCGUCGAUAGUGCCCGGCAUAUUACGAUGCUUGAGAUGGUGGAGAGUCACCGCAACGCCUUGAUCGAGGAGGCGUUUCAUCUCAUGGACGUGUUUCUUGAGUGGAAGCUAACAUCGAAUCUUCAGGUGUUCACAUCGCUGCUGUCCAUCUACAUGCGCCGUCGUGAAGUAGGCAAUGCUGUUGCGCUCAUUGGUGCGAUGGGAGAGCAUGGUAUCGUUCAGGAUGUGAAGGCAUUCACGACUGUGGCGUUCUAUUAUGCAUCUCGCGGUGACUGA